AAACCACCACCCAGGAGUGUGCGCCUACUACUUGCAUACACGGGGGACCCACGGCGCCUUUUCGUGAUCCUUUCAUCACGUACGAACCCACCGAAGAGCUUUGAGCAUCUCUCGCUCGUGGGUGCAACAUUUCAGUGACUUCACCCGAGAUUCAGGCAAGGCAUACGCGCUUGUUGCCUACGAUAUCAGUGCUCGGGGCGUUCCUUAAGAAGGCGGAGACGCCCAAUAAGCGCCACCGACGCGCCAUGAGGCAACGCCACGCCCUGAGGCUCGCCGCCGCGUUGCUGCUCACCGCGUGCGCCGCCAUGGCGGCCUGGCCCGGGGGCCACGCCAUCGUUUUAUUUGGGGGCGAGCACAUCAAGUCCCGGAAGAGCGGCAAAAAAAAAUAUGCAAGGCUCAACGACGUCUGGGCCUUCUCGGCGCAAACGAGGAACUGGACGAACCUUAUAGCCGACGCCGACGAGCCCCAGAUUCAGGCGGCGGCGGGCCUGCCGGCGUGCCUGGCGAACGACUCCGUGCAGCUGGCCAUCGCCCUGGUCGUGGCCUUCCUCGUGACCGGCGCGGCGCUGCGAGCGCGCUUCCGCCACGACGACGCCUACGACGGGCCGCCGGGCGUCCAGGCGUCGCCCUACGUCGGGGUCGCGUGAGACGUCGCGUCGACGGCACCUAGGCCGCGCUCCGACCCCUAAUAAAAAGUACUCGCAUCGGUG